AGCAGUUGGUUCGUGUCUUGCGAGUACGGUAUAACAACGUCGUCGUCUCCGUCUGCGUAGUCUCAUAUCGGAUCGCACGUAUCUAAUUAUGCUUAUAACGAAUAAUAUAUCUUUUUCAAUAAAAUAAUUCAUUCUCCUUGUAUCUUUCGUAACUUUCUUCGCUCCGUGGGAUUUAUGUGCGUGUGUUAAUGCUUUUUACCGCAUUUUUUGUGUUUUCAUCCAAAAAAAAUUAAUAAAUAUUUGUUUAUAUUUUUAUUUCGAUAAAAAUAAAAAUAUCUUAACUUAAUUAUAAGUGAAUAAAUGAUUUUUAAAAAAAUAUAUAAAUCAAUCUUCCACCUAAUUGAAAUAAUUGUAGGUGGCAAGUCGACACGAUUAUAAUUUUAAUUUUUUCUUCUGUAAUUGAAAAAAUAUUAAUUAAUUUUAAUUUUUUGUUGUUAUUGUUUUUAUUGUGCUAUGCUGUUCCGGACAUUAUUCACGGAUACGACUACGCGAGUCGAUUUUUGAAUUUUAUUCAUUUUUUUUCUCAAGUUGUAAUUUAUGUAUUCUCCUCCCUGCUGUGUGUCGGUUGUUUUCGUUUUCGGAAGUUAAUUUGAAUACCUGCGCUUUACUCCCUCAUAUCAAUCCCGUGUGGUGCAUUUAAUGUUACCUAUAUAGAUAUUGGUACCUUACUUCCGUUUCCAAUAUCCGCAUAUCCAACGAAUACGGGGCUUAAAAAUAAAUUAAAACAAUUUAAAAAAAUUGUGAAAUUAUAAUUUUGAAAAAAUAAAUAAGUUCAAUAGAAAAGUUUAAAAUAAUUAAAAAUUUAAAAUAAAAAAGUGAUUUUUGUUAAAAAGUGAUGAUCAAAAAUGAAACUCUUUUGGCCAGAUUACAAGGAGAGCUAUUCCAUAGCUUGAACACUCAAAAUGGAUAAAAACAUUUUCUAUUUUAUUAUUUUUCAAAUUUUAAAAUAUGAGUAUUCAACAAAAUAUUCAACGAAUUAAAUAAAAAUGUGAACUCACACGAAAGUAAUAUCAAAUUAUUACCGCGACAGAGAAAAAGUGAAACAUAUAAAAUAAUUAACAUAAUUAUUGUUUAAAGAAAAAAAAUUAAACUAAAAAUUGAAACCUGUAACACGAAACCAAAGAAAACAAAUUUAAAAACUAAAAAUAAAAUCAAAUUGUAAAUAAAAACCAAAACGAAAUAAUCCGAAAUAAAAUAAAGAAAAAAAUAAUUUAAAAUUUAAUAAUAAUUCAUAAUGUCCGAAAUGGAAUUAAUUGACAAGCCAAAUUCUGAAUCCUUUCUUCAAUAUGGAAACGAAAAACCACCACCAAUUGUUGUUGUGGUCGGUGAUGGACGCAGUCGAGUGCGACGUGUCGUGCGAACUGCCACGCGUCAUGUGACUGUUGUAAGUUAUUCGACGCGACACAAAGAGACCCGAACUCACACAUCACAUCAUGUGACGACUGUAAGCUUUCCACAAAAGGUCAUCGAUCGACCGGGUCCUGGCCAAUAUGCUAUUGCAGCUGCUCCCACACCUGGAUCGAUAUCAUCAGGCGGUGGUGUAUCCACCGGUACAGGAGGGUAUGUUUACCUACAACCAGCCUCUCAUUACCCGCCUUCAUCACAGCAACAAAUUAUCUACCAACAUCAUCCCCAUCAUCAGUUGUGUCAUCAACAACAGCAGCAGCAGCAACAACAGCAAUCAUCAUUGGCGGCAGGUCUGCCAACGGUUGUAGCCACAUCCGGUACACCGGCAUCUCUACUCUCAUCUUCUGCAGCAGCCGCAGUAGCAGCAGCUUCGUCUGUCCAUCACAAUCAUCAUCAUCACAUUCACGGUCAUCAUCACCAUCAUGGGGGUGCUGUUGUUAUUGCUGGUAGUGGUGUCGGUACUGGAGUUGGUAGCGGCGGCGGUAAUGGCGGCGCAGGAGGAGCAGCUAAUGGCUCCAAUGGUGCUGUUAUCCAACAAACAUUGCUUAAGAAGAAUUCAAUACGCAAUGGCGGAGAGGUCAUGAAACGUUCACGAGCACAAACAGCGUACGAACUCUCCCAGGAUCUUCUGGAGAAACAAAUCGAGUUGCUUGAACGUAAAUACGGAGGAGUGUGUGCCCGGAACGCGGCAAUCACAAUUCAGCGUGCCUUCCGACACUAUAUGAUGGUUAAGAAGUUCGCUUCGAUCACAGCUAUGGCCAAAGCAGAGAAACGUCUCAGCCGACGUAUGUUAAUGGCAGCUGCAGCAGCUGGCACCACUGAAGAUGGUCCCCCAUCGAAUACAUCGUCGUCGUCGGCGUAUGGCAGCGCUACUGAAUCUCAAUUGGAUCAUCCAUCACAACAACAGCAGCAUUCACACCAGGCACGAGUCACUAUAAUGGCUGGUCCUCCUGGUACAGCUCGGACACCACCUACACGGUCGAUGUCAUUGCGGGAACGUCGUCACCUUGAUUCCAGUCCAAUUCCGAGGAGCCAAUCGGGUAAUACAUCGCCAAUGCCAGCAGCGCAUAGUACGUGUUGGUCACAGUCUCCGGUUAUUUCAGGUGCAGCUUCUACGGCUUCAUCAGCGUCGACUGCCUCUUCCAACUCGUCCCAUCCACAUGUGAAUCUUCUUCACGCAACCGAACAGCAUUACUACAGUUCCGCCGCCCAGAUACAGGCCCAGAUUAGUGGACCUCACUAUGUAUCCUCCCAGUCAACAUACCAUGCCGUACCGCACGAUGUCAGUUACAGUUCGAACUCGAGCCAUCUGGAUUCAUCGUUGAAUGGAUCAUGGGUGAGCACAGGAGGCACUCUAGUGCCAGGAACUUCCCCACACACGCCAUAUUAUUCCGCUGCUCAGAUUUAUAUGCGACCCAAGGCUCUGGUCACUACCUCGGAACGUAAAAAAGUGCCUCCAGAGGUUCCAAAGCGUACGUCUUCGAUAACAGCCCAACAAGCUGCUGCACAACAGCAGAUGAUGGCACAAAUGCGACAAACUCCUCCUCCGCCAUCAAUGAUCCGCACUAAUGGUCUGUGUAAGACUGCCGAAAAUGGAAGCCUUACCUCCGUACAGAGCUCAGGAAGCGACUCCAGUGCCACAUCGGUUGAUCGGAUAGCCAAUUGUGAUUUGGGCUCCGAUCGUUCAAAUUCACCGCAAACAUGGAAACGCGGCACAGCCCUCAACAGCUCCAACCAGUACAGCACCCAUUCUCCCGAUCAUAUCCUUAUGAUGGCCUCCCAUCCACCAGCAGCUGCAGCUGGUAUGGUCCUUGUUUCUGAUGACCAUAUGAGCUCACACACCAGUGCUGCACAAUACGAGCAGCACAACGAAGCAGAUCAACUUAAUGUAGCUUCCGCAACAACACAGAACUACAAAGUAUCCGAGACCAUUCGGAAGCGACAAUACCGCGUCGGAUUGAAUUUAUUCAAUAAGAAACCAGAGAAAGGCAUCACAUACUUGAUUCGCAGAGGAUUCUUGGAGAACACUCCACAGGGCGUGGCGAGAUUCCUGAUCUCUAGGAAAGGUUUGUCCCGACAAAUGAUCGGCGAAUAUUUAGGUAACCUACAGAAUCCCUUCAAUAUGGCUGUUCUGGAGUGCUUCGCUGGCGAACUUGACCUCUCAGGCAUGCAGGUUGACGUAGCGUUGAGGAAAUUCCAGGCAUACUUCCGUAUGCCAGGUGAGGCGCAGAAAAUCGAACGACUCAUGGAAAUCUUCUCGCAGCGCUACUGUCAGUGUAAUCAGGACAUUGUGGGGCGUUUAAGGUCAUCCGAUACGAUCUUCGUUCUAGCAUUCGCCAUCAUCAUGCUCAAUACGGACCUGCACACACCGAACCUCAAGCCCGAAAGGCGAAUGCGUGUCGAAGACUUCAUAAAGAACCUUCGCGGCAUCGAUGACUGCCACGAUAUUGAUCGUGAUAUGUUGGCUGGCGUCUAUGAGCGUGUCAAAGCCAAUGAAUUCAAGCCUGGCAGUGAUCAUGUCACCCAAGUGAUGAAAGUCCAAGCCACAAUUGUCGGCAAGAAACCAAACUUGGCUUUGCCCCAUCGUCGUUUGGUUUGCUAUUGCCGCUUGUAUGAAAUUCCCGAUGUUAAUAAAAAGGAACGACCCGGCGUGCAUCAGCGUGAGGUGUUCCUAUUCAAUGACCUGCUAGUGAUUACAAAGAUCUUCAGCAAAAAGAAGUCUUCUGUCACCUAUACAUUCCGGAAUAGCUUCCCGUUGUGCGGAAUGAUAGUCACACUUUUGGAUGUACCCAAUUAUCCGUAUUGCAUUCAGUUGUCGCAAAAAGUCGACGCCAAGAUUCUGGUCACUUUCAAUGCCCGCAACGAGCACGAUCGCUGUAAAUUUGCUGAAGACCUAAAAGAGUCCAUUAGUGAAAUGGACGAAAUGGAGUCAUUGCGCAUAGAAGCCGAACUGGAACGACAGAAGUCAUCACGAACUCGCCCAAAUGGCAACUCGGAGAAUCGCGAUAGCGGAGUGGCCGAUGUUGAAGUGUGUCCAUGCCCAUUCCAAUCGCCGCAGGGCAGCGAUUCGACAAAUGGCAACCACGACACAGCGGCACAGCUUAAACGCAGCGCCCUCAGCAACAGUCUGCUGGAUAUGCACGAGCAAUUUGGUAACGAAAAGCCCCAAAGACGUGGCAGCGUGGGCUCCCUAGACAGCGGCAUGUCCAUAUCCUUCCAAUCGACCACUGCAAGCAGUGCUUCGCGUGAGAAUGCAGCUGUUGUGGCUGCUGCUGCUAAUGCCGCUGCAGCUAAAAUGCGCUUUCCACAACAAGGCGGUGCACCAGUUAUGGUACAACAACACCCCCAACAAUAUCCCGGUCAUCACAUGAUGCAAGCCUAUCAUCACCAUCCAGCCAUGAUGAUCCCACAUCCAGGCAUGAUUCAUCCACAUCAAUUGCAGCCUCAACCUCAACCCCAUCCACAACAACAGCAAUUGCAAAUGCAACAGCAACAGCAGCAGCAACAGCAACUUCCACUAACCGGACGCAUUCCGGGCAGGGAGCGAAAGAUGUCUCGGUCCGAAGAGAGUGGUCGAUCUACAGAGGUUUAAGUAAUAAAAAUGUCAGGACAUUUUUCUUAUGCUCGUAUAUAUUGUAAAUUUUCUUUUGUUUAUAUUUUUUUGUUGAGUAUUUUUCUAUGAUAUAUAAUACGUAAUUUAAGAAGACGAAACAAUAAUCAUACAGAGAGAAUAAAACCGAAAAAGUUUCUAGGAUAUGAUCAAAAGGACACACACCAACUUAUGUGUGUUUCUUUUGUUUUUGUAAAAUAAAUGGAAGAGAAAAGAAAAAUUAAAAAGAAAAAAACUAAAACAAAAUGUAAAACAUAUUUUAAGUUUCCUUUUUGUAAAUUUUUGUUUUGUUGAUCCUUUCUAUUCUUUUGUCUACAAUUUUAUAAUUAUUAUUUAACAUUAAUUAUUAUUAUUUGUUUGUUUUGUUAACCUUGUAUACUAUGAUGAAUAUAAAUAUAUUAUAUAAUGAAUAUAUAAAUACAAAUUUCUAUAUAUAGACAUACCUAUAAAUAUUUGACUUGAGCCAUUCGGACUUAUCCGCUAAGUAAAGAAAGAAAACAAAAACAAAAUAAGUAACAAACAUUAUUAGGUAUAUAUACAAAAAAAUACACUAAUUAUAAUAAAAUAAAAAUACACAAUAAUUAUUAUAAUAAUUAUGGAGGAGAUAAUUUAAGUCAUAUAAAUUGAUUGAUCAUUAUUAUAUAUAAACUUAUUAUAUAAAAACAAAAAUUCAAAAAUAAUAAAUCAAAAAUACAUAAAAAUAAAAAUCCUGUAACAGUGAA